CUGCCCUUCAAACGCAGCCGACGGAUGACAGAAAAGACGAGAAAUACGCUCACAUACGGAGAAAAUAUGACAUUACUAAACAUGUCGAUUGAAAACCAUGAUGUUUCGAAGACAAAACGUCCGUUCCAAGAACCAUAAUUUCCCUUGGGCGUUCUAACUGCAUGUAGAUGGAAAGAAUGAAGACCCUGUUUGAGAUAACGGCAGAAUUUGUCGGAGAACAUGGGCACCUGUAUCCAGAUGCUGCCUUUGCCUGUCAACCACGCACUGUACUUGAGCUGGUUAUUAUGAAACUGAGUGCUGCUGAUCUCUAUAGGCUAGAUGACAUCCUCUGCAGCCAAGGUUUAGAUGUAGAUGUUGUUUGGCAUUAUCACUGCCAGACUCUCAAUUUGCUCCGACGAGGUGUCAAGGAUGUAUUUGGAGAGUCAGAUGGCAUUACCUGCUACAAGGAUAUCUACCAUUACAAACAGUUCCAUUCUCUGCUGACAAUUCUCUCGCUUGAUACAUUUGCUGCUGGCAUGUGUGAUGUUCCAUCGCCGACUGAUAUGUACACAGUGCCCUUGCACAAACUGAAACAAGGGCAAGGUUCACGCCAGGCAGAUGAAGUCCAUCCAUCCAUCUACACAUCUUUUCUGAUGAAAUGUGCAAAGUAUUGCAAGAAACUUGUAUUAAACGGGCGACAUGUACACUAUAUAGCUUCAGAUGAAGAACUCAUGAUGGAAUUGAUAAAGCAUACCGAAAAGCUAGUCAUCUCUCCCCUUACAACGUUUUGCUUUUAUAAUCUGAAGUAUUUCCUAAGCAAGCUUUUGACAGAAGGGCGCCUUGAACAAAUCUCUUUACGUGGGUCAUCACUGAGCGAGAGGGAGCUCACACAACUGAUAGCUAUAUGUAGUGGCUGUCCUUGUCAUGGCGAGGAAACUGCUACGUUUAGUGGUGGGAAAGAAGUUUUUUAAAUCUGCUUCGACUACCAUGUCAACCCUCUUGUUGAAAAAAUCAAUCACCACUGCACCUGAAACCACAAAACAAAACUCUUCGAAUGAAUCGUCUCCAGACUCUUCAGAUACUUCAUUGAAAGAUCAGUUAAACCAGUUAUAUCACAGAGACUUACAGGACAAAGUGCUUGACUGUUUGCUUGAUAAAGCAGUCCCGAAAGCAACACAAACUCACAGACUCAAGCAAUGUCAUCAAGUGAUUCUUCUUCAGAAACUAGUGCAAUAAGUAGUACCACCCCACCCAGAUGUCUUUCACCCCAGGCAAAGCCUUACAGCAUUCCUACCUCACCUUUAGCAUCAGAAAAGUCCAAGUCCAUACUCCACAGAAACACUUUGAGCACCCCUAGCUCAAAUCACCAGAGUGCUGCAGCUUCAAGGCCCAAAGUUCAUAGACGUAUAUCUGAUUGUCUUGCAACUAGUAGCUCCCAAAGUGAAUCCUCUGCUGCUUCUAGUGAUUUGAUCCAUAGAAGCAGGUCUUGUGAAAAGCUUUGUGUAGGCUCUGGAGGAGUUCGGAUCUUUGCUAUGACCAGUGAUACUGGAACUCUGACAGCUGGUGAUAUAAUCAGUCAGUUCCUGCCACAUUGGAGCAACUUAAGAAAACUGUACGUCUUUUUAAGUGCAGGACUGAUGAAAACUGUUCUGGAGUUGGUUUGCCGUAAACAACUGACACACUUGGUUGUGGACACAGGAUUUACAGACAUGUUCUUAGAAUGUCUUAUACAUCUAUUUAUGUGUCACUACCGGCACAGUCAGUAUGUGCGUCCAAAGCCUAUGGAGUUUUUUCAAAUUUCCGGGUGCAAGCUUAUCUGCAUUCAAGAACCUGUAACCAUCAAGCAUAAGCUUGCUGCAGUGAAGAUUUUAGAUUUGAGUUGGAACUCUUUUGAAGAACAAACAUUCAACCUUCUGCUGGAGUUCAUCAGAGCUGAUACUGCUUUGAGAGGUUUGAGGCUGGCCUCAUGUCAUCUGCAGCCUGACAAGAUACGUCAAAUUCUUGAUACACUCAUUGUAAAACAAAGGAACACAGGUGCUGGUAUGGAGGAACUAAGCUUAAAUGACAACAUGGUAGAAGGUGAGGGAUGCGAGCAGUCCCUCACAAACUUUGUGCUGCAUUCAGUGUCCCUAAAAAGGUUAUGUCUUUCAAAUGUGGGAUUGUCCAACAUGAUAGAUACUUGCCCUAAUUUUGUGGAUGCUGUAGGAGAUCACCAGGGCCUAGAGGUACUUGAUAUCAGCAACAACUAUCUGGGAGCUAGACAUUUACAAGUAAUUGAGAAGAUCCUUGCUCUUUCUCCUGUUAUGAAGGAUCUGAAUGCUGCAUUCAACCAAUUCAAAGGACAAGAUCUGAUGGAGAUGUUAGACAGAUUAGAGAUGAGAAGAACCAAAGUGAAACACAAGAUGGACCAUCUCAGUCUCAGUCGCAAUGUAUUCACAGCUGAUGAGCAGAUAUGUAUCAUGAACAGGUUCUCGGUAUAUGCCCAUGAAGUCAAGGCCACUUGUAUUGGCAUACAUGCUGAACCUCUUGAACAUGUGGCACAGAUGUGAUGUGUGACAGCUUUCUAGCAGACACUGUAUUUUAAAGUAAAUAAAAGUGUUUUGUAA